GCGUUUGGAAAAUCACAAAUUGUGUAAGAGGACAGCGCCGUAAAGCAAUACUGGAUGUAGUUUCCGGGUCUGAAGCGCCCGACAUUCGCUUCUUACUAAAAACUAGUCAUAACCAUCCUAUCGACGCGGAACAUAUCAAAGUAUUUGCAGAUCUCCAGCGCAAAGGUUUACAAUUACGAGACGGGAUGUGGUUUAGAGAGAGCGAUUUCAAAGGGAAAAUCUGUGUGGAAUCUAUUAAACAAACAGUCACAAAGAAGCGUUAUGCAAAUGAUAAAUUUCAAAUAUCAUUCAUUUCCAUGCUCGAGGAGGUAAACAAAAAGAUCGUCAAAGAGGAUACCAUCAAUCUCAAACAUCUCUAUUGGAAAUUUUUUGAUCAGGCUGUGGGAUCCGAUAUUUUGUACGAUAAGGGUAAAACGAGCACAAGUAUUCACGAUACUGUCACAUUGGCUCGGAAAAUUGUGAAGAACGUUUUUGUUUGA